CGGGAUGAGAGUAGCCGUCUGUGUAUUUACCAAUUCCACAAUGGCGAUGUGUUCACCUGAAACAUCUGAGUGAAAACACACAGAAACCCUUUAUCAGUGGCCUGUGUGUGAACGUUGCAUGCGAUUGGCAUGCUCUCUCGUCAUGUCCUGCGUCCCCCCUGAUUAUUAAAUGAUGAGCUCCGCAAUUAAACCCCAAACCGUAACAAUGGAGGAGUACGAACUUAUGAAAGAUUCAAAAUACAGGGUGUAUGUUUCUGCUGUGGAUAAAGCCCUCAAAAAUUUUGAAUAUACGAGUGAAUGGGCAGAUCUCAUAUCAGCCUUAGGAAAGCUUAAUAAGGUGCUUUCAAGUCAUAUGAAGUUUCAAGUCAUUCCACGCCGAAUCAAAAUAAGUAAACGAUUAGCUCAAUGUAUGCAUCCGGCACUUCCAUCUGGAGUCCAUUUGAAAGCAUUGGAAACAUAUGACAUAAUAUUCAAAUGUAUGGGCACCAGCAGACUUAGUCAUGAACUCUUUAUAUACAGUGCUGGCCUUUUCCCUCUCUUGGGGCAUGCAGCAAUGAACGUAAGACCAUCAUUGCUAACUGUGUAUGAAACUCAUUUUGUGCCACUUGGUGAAAGGUUGUGUCCUGCCUUGAGUGGUUUCCUAAGCGGAGUUUUACCAGGCUUGGAGGAAGGCUCUGAUCACUUUGACAGGACUAACAGCCUCUUGGAGAAAGUUUGUGAUGGAGUUGGUGCUGGUCGUUUCUACACAUGCCUUUGGGACUGUCUGUCAUGUAAUUCCAUCAUAAGACUACCUGCUACUUGUUUCAUACUUGCCCACUUCAAUAGAAAAAUAACUAUGGAAGAUCAGCUCCAUAUAAUGGGUACUGAUAUUGAUGUCAUGGUGAAUGGACUCUGUACCGCUGUUCUGGACAGCAGCGUCCUGGUUCAGCGUAGUGCUCUAGAUUUACUUCUUGUUGGUUUUCCCCUUCACAAUAGUCAGUUGGUAAGGUCCGACAUGAUAAGGCUUGUUACAGCAUCUUUGAAUACUAUCCUUCGGCGAGACAUGUCUCUGAACAGACGACUGUUUGCUUGGCUGCUCGGUUCCGAAGUAAAUUUAUCUCUUUUGAGUCCGGAUCAUCCUCUUGUCAAAUCACCAGCUGUGUCAUAUUUCCAAGUGUUUUCUCAAGAAAUGCUAGUGCAGGCCAUCCGAACAUCUUUGAAUCAAGUUCUUGCGGACACACCCCAUGAUCUGAAACCAUUCCGAAUACUUGUAUCUCUACUUGACAAGCCCGAGAUUGGGCCAAUAAUUUUAGAUCAUAUUUUGUAUGAAGUGUUCAGAACUUUGUACUUGGCAUCAUUGGAAACAAAAACUCAUUCAAAAUCAAAGGAGCUCCACCGUACCACAUCCCAUCCUGCAGGAAACCAGGAGCUUUUUAAAUCUGUCAACUUGCUUUUUAGUUCUUUAGAACCAGCCUACAUAUGGCAAUAUGCUGGCUCGUUGGUAGAAAAAGCCUGUCGUUUGCACCACGAUGCUAUGGUAGCAGGUUUGGAUGGGCAAGAUGAUGACCUUGUUGAUUCUGUUAGACCUGUUGGCUCUGGUCAACCAUGCCUAAUUGAGGUCUGCCAGCUUGUGAGCUGUCUGCUUGAUGCAGUUCCUUUGGAGUCUUACAUAGAUACUACUUUAGAGCAUGUGCCCAACCUUUUUCUUCAAAUUGUGAACCAGCUUUGUUCCCCUGAUAUCAUCUUCACACCUCGUCAAUUGGUUAUGUGUCUUCAGCUCUGUUCAAAAGUCUUGUCUCGAGUUCAGCCGCAGCCAUCCAUGUCCAAAAGUAAUGGAUUUACUGAUACUACACGGCCUCGAUCAAAGACUGUCUCAUUUGGUCAGAGACGAAAUAGUGACAGUAGUCAAACUCUUGCUCUAGAGGGGAAUGUGGAGAGACUAAAAGACCUGUCUCAAAGCGACCAUCACCUAGAGGUGGAUGUGAACCAGAAGAUGGAAGUUUCCAACCGAAGCGCAAGUGUUGGUGCAAGGCUUGACUCUGAUCAACCCAUUAGUAAUCAACUAAGCGACUCCAAAAGGCAGGCUGAGUGUGCCCCUGACGCUAAGUCUGAAUGCCAGAUGUUCACACCUAAUCUUAUUUUAGACGAAUGUCGGAAACAAUACCAAGAACUGUUUGUUGUGCUAAUUACAAGCAGCAGAAUGAUAGAAUGGCGUUCACAUGACUUCAAUGGGCUUUUCCAAUGUCUUAUGACAGAAUCGUACUCUGAAGUUGAGAAGGAUGACACAUCAGGGCUGGAAAAGCUACUCAAAGCAUGUCUCUCAAGUACAGAACCAGAUUAUCAUUCCAAUGAAUGUCUCAUGAAAACCGAACUUAUACCCUUCAAAUUCAACUCGUGGAAGGAGUCUGGAGUGCUUGACAAAGCAGCUCAACUUGAAGCCCAGUCAAGUGAUUGGGAACAAGUGUUUUGUGCUGCAUGCACUCUUCUUGUUGACUUGUCAACAUUUCCAUCUUUCUGUGCACCAUCAAAGCCUUCAGUCCCAUCAAGUACCCAUGAGUUACCACCAUGGUUGAAAUUGCUCUCGGUUUGUUGCUGCUGGCUUGGACAAUCACCCUCAAUGCAGCUGGCAGCAGUUUCCACUUUAUUAGACCUCAUUGCAGUGGCUUCUAAAAGUAUUAACUCGCAAGUUUCUAUUUCUGAAAAUUCUCAAGUUACCACAGUUGUGUUGACACCGUUACUUGCGCAAGAUGAAGUGCAGACUCUAGAGAACUGCACAUGUGUCAUGCAGGUCAUUGCACAUUGGCUGUGGCAUCACUUGAGUGUCGGUGGUCCUUUAGAGGCUCGUUCUGUAGCUCUUCUACAGCAGCUCCAUGACACUGUCACAAUGGAGGACACAGUUGAAGCAACAAUUGGAGAGUUUAUCAGCCAGGAUGAUGCGGAGGCUCAGUUGAGAGGCUUCCAGUCUUUUGCGACCUUCUGGCAUGCCUCGAGAGAAAUCACCACCAAAGGGAGAAGGCUAUUUCUGAAGUCCCUGUUGAGGAUGCUGGACAACCUCGCCCUUCCCGACAGUAGCCCUCUGAAGUUGGUUGCUCAAGGAUGGCUUCUCCACACACUUUUGCGAGGCGAUGUACCUCGACUCCUGGAUCCACUUCUUCUGCCGCUCCUCGCUCCAUCAACGGCUCGUGUUUCAGUGCUUCGUGUUUCAAUCCAGCACAGGAGCACUAUUUUACCAAGUGAAGCUGAUAAGGCUGAGGCAAGGAUCUAUGCCAUCAGUUCUGAGGAUGGCAAUAUCAUUUAUCAUGUGUCUCCUGUGCAGUCAUCAGAUAAACAUAAACAUUCCCAGCAAAGUGAUUCUGUAAGAGCAAGACGUAUUUUCACUGUUGCAACUCUAGUAAGACACUGCACUUAUGAGAGGGAUGUUGCUAGUUUUGAAUAUUGUCCCUCUGGCUUGAUGUCAUGGGCAAUACCGUCAGCACUAACUGGUAACUACACUGUGACUAACAAUGACUGCGAGACUCCAACCAGUUUCAGCAGCAGUUCCAGUGACAGUUCCAGUGCCCCUGCUACUGCUAGUGUAAGCCUUAGUGAAGACCUAUCAAGAAACAUGGGCUCAAUGAGAUCAAAUUCAAGGUCCUCUAUCUAUCCAAGUGGCGACUCCCUGGCCCCCUCCUCUAAUGUAAUAGUGCGAGUGGAUGGUAGACUUGUUGUUGAGAACCCCAUUCUGAAAAGUUUAAGCAGCGGUUUUGAAGAAGGUGAAGAUGAGGACCUCUCAGACAAAGUGUCCAAUCCUGCUACUCGAGGCAACACUCCUGUUUUGAAUUCAGUAGAAAACGAACUGGAGGAAUCAGUUUCUGCAGAAGAUUAUUUCAGUAGAACUGGGUCUCGACCAAGGUCAAGAGCAGAUUCUGCCGCUCCGUCAACUUCAUCAAUAUUGACCAAGAGUGGAAUGGACACGCUUCCUGUAGAGGUGAAAUAUCCUGCUAUUGACAAACGGAAGUCUUCGGCCGAUCCACAGUCCCCUCUCUCACUUCAUCCCCUUCAUUCUCAUAUGCUACUUUACUGUGGUGUUUAUGACUCUGCAAGGACUCUGUAUUCCUUGCGAACUUUGCGUAAUGCUCUGGCUGCUAAUCCAAGAACAUUUUUGUCUUGUGCUGCAACAACUGGUGUUGCAAGAACUUCUUCUGAUCUCUUAAAUCUCCUUUCAAGGCAUCGCAAAUCUGCGUCAGGGAAUAAUUUCCAUGGAGACCUUGGCGGUAGUGGCCGCAGUCAUAUGUAUCUAGAAGUGCUACUCCUGACUUGUCUGUACUAUAUUCGGAGUUACUAUCCCAGUCUAGGGCAGAUGAGACUCACAAAGCAAGAAAUAGAGGGAAAUCAGCAAGUUCAAGUUACUAGUCUUGAACUUCUGACUCUAAUAUUUUCCGAAUUGACCAGUAUUGUUCGUGAUAGUGGCAAAGGAUUGGCAAACUAUGUGGGUGAUCUUUUGUCCCGGUGCAAGGUGCAAAAAGUUGUUCUUCAUUGCCUUGUUGCAAGUGUUCAUGAUUCUGCCAAUACAAGCCAUCCUCGCCACAAUCUCACCUUUACGGAAGAAAUCAUUCAUUUCAAUGACCCUGGACGCACUGAAAGUGAUGUUCCCAUCAUGUCACCAUUAGCAGAAGCAUAUCAAAUCCAACUUCUAAAGCUAUUGUUGUCUCUCACUAUACUGGAGCAUCAAAUUCAACACCAAAAAAUUGAAGUCAGCUCCCAACAGAACACUCAGGCCAAUGCUCCUUCUGCCUCGGCUCCAGCAUCAUUAAACAGCCCCUCUCAAUCAAAUGGGGAUAUUACUGUGUCGGCUGCUCAGAAAAACUCUGAACUGAAGUACAUGGUUGGGCGACCUAUACCUCAACAACCAAUGUUUGUGGCUGCAAUUUUAAGUGCCCUUCGAAUGCAGGGUCAACUGAGAUGGCUACAUCAACAAUGGACCACACUAGUAACAUGUUCAUUACCAUUCAUGGGCCAGUCAUUAGCCCAUGUGGUUCUGUCUGUUGUACGCCAGCUUUGUGACAACUUGCGUGCUCUCGCACCACUGUAUGCCAACACACUAUCAACAAGAGAAAGAAGUAAUUUGAGACUGCCAGCAGACUACACGAUUACUCAACUGGAAGCUCUUACAAUUCUCUGUCACUAUUGUUUAUUGGACCGAAAUCAGCAGUAUGCUUUAAAUCAGCCUCUGCUCAGUGCAAGUGCGGCCGGGUCAUUAUUCUCCUCUGGCAGUGGCUUCCACGGAAUGGGACCCCCAUCACAGGCGGCCCAAAUUUUUAAUAACCUUGUGCAUGUCUUCAUGACCACGCCACUGCAUCAAGAUGCAGCUCAAGAGAAUGUGGAACCUCAGCUUGCAGCACGCAGAGCUUUGCUGUACAAUUUACCUCAGAUUAUAUCUAGCACCACUACUCUGUGGAAAGCUGUAACAGCUUGUUCAGAAAAGGACUAUGCUUCAUGCAGUGUUGCAGGGAAUGCAAGAAUUGUUCGUCAUUACUUGUUAGAAUUCCUCAGUCCAAUUUCAUUGCAUCAUGCAACAAACUUUUUAGCUGCCAUUGCUGUUGUAUGGCAGGAUCGCCGCCAGAGUUUGUCAGAACUCAGUUCUCAAAUUUCGGUGGCGCCCGAGGUGGUCCCUGAACAGCAAGUGCUGGUAGAUUUGAUCAGUGCUAUCAAAGCAAUGCCCAUUGACACAUUGGUCCAGACUUUGCAUCAGUUGGUCAAAUCACCUCCCUCAGUACAUGGAACUAAUCAUGCUGUUUGUUUGGAAGUCAGUGCUCUGGAGCUCUUGCUGUGCUACUUGCGGCAAGGUGGGAGUCCCUCUCCCCUUCUAGCGGAAUCCUGGAGCUCUGUUCUGUUAUUAUUACGUGAUGGGCUCCAGCCUGGCCUCCCUCCGCCUGCUCAAUUUUUACUUCUUGCUGUUUUAAACGAAUUUGUUCAGCGAUGUCCAUCUCCAUCUGAAAAGAGGGAUGUCAGAGACCUCCAAGAUAUCACAACUAAGCUUGUGGAAUCCUGUGGAUCUAUUGCUGGAGCUCGAUUAGAGCAGACCACAUGGCUGAGAAGAAAUUUGGCCGUGAAAGAAGAUCAAUUAGUGGAAAGGGAAACUAUUGGAACAGCAGGCAAUGCUUCAUUAUGUCAGUACAGUAUUCAAGCCCAGACAGUUUUAGCAGAACAACUGGCUUCUCUCUUAGAUGUCACAUUUGGAAGUCAAGAGAAAGAAAAAGUCGUCAACAUUCUUACCUCAUUGCUGUACAAUAUCAUACCUUAUCUACGUAACCACUCACCGAGGAAUGCAGCAAGUUUCUAUGCAUGUUCAGAGCUGCUUGCCAGCCUAACAGCUUUCCAAUACACCCGUAAAUCAUGGAGGCGAGAUGUACUGGAUCUGCUUUUGGAGCCUGCACUCUUUCAAAUGGAAUCAAGAACAUUACCACAUUGGCGUGCUAUUAUUGACAAUCUAAUGUCUCAUGAUACUGCCACAUUCCGUGAUCUUAUGAGUCGUGUUUCAUUGGGUCAGGGAAACUCCCUCAGUCUCUUUUCAAGCAGAGAGCAAGAAUAUGAACAGCGAGCUCAUCUCUUGAAAAGAUUGGCUUUUGUCAUUUUAUGCAGUGAUAUGGAUCAGUACCAAAAAUACAUGCCUGAAAUCCAAGAGAGAUUAGCUGAAAGCCUAAGGCUUCCACAAGUUGUGCCAGCAGUUCAAGCUAAUGUGUUCCUCUGCUUCCGCGUUCUUCUGCUACGAAUGUCACCUCAUCAUGUUACAUCUCUGUGGCCAGUCAUUAUUAGUGAAAUGGUGCAGGUUUUCCUCCAGAUGGAACAGGAGCUUAGCACGGAGUCUGAGGAAUUCAGGCAGUGCAAUAAUAGUUCUUAUAUUCGCCUGGUGUCUGCUCUUGAUUUGGCAUGGGUGUCUGAUCGUAGCAAUGGACUCUAUGCGCGCGGUCACCCUCACUGGCUCCAGCUACAACUUGCCGCAGCACACUUACUACAUUUAGCGUUACAACUACCAGCCCAUCGGUUACCACAAUUCCAAAUGUAUCGCUGGGCAUUUGUCGGUUCUUUAGAACCUGCUGGCUUAAAUAAUAACAAUGCCAGUGUUAUGGGAUGUGUCGGUGGUGCUUCCUCAGCCCCACCUGAAGAGGAUCCGGGUCGGUCUUUGCAGUUCAUUCCCCACGUCACAAGAAUAGCACGAUUAAUGGACUCCAAGUACGAGGGUCCUGUUGAACUACCUAUUGGAAGUGCACUUCUACCUGCGACGCAGACUGUUCGCUGUCUUCAAGAACUUCAUCCUUUCUUCUCUAUCCUAAGUGCUACUGGUGGACAUGCAGUCAGCGGAGCUGCUGACACGCCACAAGCUCUAACAGAGUUAGAAAGAGCAAUCGAAAUGGAUUUCUUGGAGCCUAUGCCUACUCGUUAA